AUGGCUUGCAAAAACAAUCUUGUUGUGAAGCAGAUCAUCGACUUAUACGACCAAAUCUCAAAGCUCGAGAGUUUGAAACCUUCAAAAAAUGUCGACACAUUGUUCGGACAACUCGUGUCCACGUGCUUACCCACGGACACAAACAUCGAUGUCACAAAGAUGAGUGAUGAAGUCAAAGACAUGAGAUCUAACCUCAUCAAGCUAUGUGGUGAAGCCGAAGGUUAUUUAGAGCAACACUUCGCCACAAUCUUGGGAUCUUUAUUACAAGAAGACCAAAACCCACUCGACCAUUUAAACAUCUUUCCUUACUACAACAACUACCUCAAGCUAGGCAAGCUCGAGUUCGAUCUCUUGAGUCAACACUCGAGCCAUGUUCCGUCCAAGAUUGCCUUUAUUGGUUCCGGACCAAUGCCACUCACAUCAAUCGUCUUGGCUAAGUUCCACCUCCCCAACACGACGUUCCACAACUUUGACAUAGAUUCACACGCAAACGCACUCGCUACAAGCCUCGUAUCUCGCGAUCCGGACCUCUCCAAACGCAUGUUCUUCCACACAACUGACGUGCUAAACGCCACGGAGGGGUUAGACCAAUACGGCGUCGUUUUCUUGGCGGCUCUCGUUGGAAUGGACAAAGAGGCGAAGGUCAAAGCCAUCGAGCACUUGGAGAAACACAUGGCUCAUGGAGCUGUCCUCAUGCUAAGGAGUGCUCAUGCUCUUAGAGCCUUCUUGUAUCCGAUCGUUGAAUCUUCGGAUCUUAAAGGUUUCCAGCUCUUGACCAUCUUUCACCCGACCGAUGACGUGGUUAACUCGGUUGUGAUCGCACGCAAGCUCGGUGGUUCGACUACCACGAACGGGGUUAAUGAUACUCGUGACCAGAGCCGGCCCGUGGGCCAAGCCAAGGAAACAGUGGCUUCCGGCCGCAUUAUUAUAAAUAAUAUUUCGGGCACAAAUUAA